AUUUUCCUGUCUGCGGUUGCGACGGUGAAGAGACGCAGAUCCCGGGGCUGAGAAAGUGCAGGCAGUCCCGGAUAUAAAGACGGACGAUGGAACCAGAGUCGGUGUUGCAAGAGAAGGCUUUUAAGUUCAUGUGCUCUGUGCCCAGGUCUCUGUGGUUGAGUUGCUCUAGCCUGGCGGACAGCAUGCCUUCGCUGCGAUGCCUGCACACCCCAGGGACUGGCACACUGACCUCUUUCCAGAGUUCUGAUGGGAGAGAAGAUUGUCAUAAUGAGGAGCCCCCUAGGAAGAUUAUCCCAGAGAAGAAUGUGUACAGACAGACUAAACUUGCCAAUGGAAUAUCCAACAUGACAGUCCCCAAGCAGAGGAAGCUGUCUGCCAACUAUGAGAAGGAGAAGGAGCUCUGUGUGAAGUAUUUUGACCAGUGGUCAGAGACUGACCAAGUGGAGUUCGUCGAGCAGCUCAUUUCCCGGAUGUGUCACUACCAGCAUGGACACAUCAACUCUUACUUGAAGCCCAUGUUACAGAGAGACUUCAUCACUGCACUACCAGCUCGGGGUCUGGAUCACAUUGCAGAGAAUAUCUUGUCCUACCUGGAUGCCCAAUCUCUCUGUGCAGCAGAGUUGGUUUGUAAAGAGUGGUACAGAGUGACGUCAGAUGGCAUGCUGUGGAAGAAACUGAUCGAGAGGAUGGUCAGGACAGACUCGCUGUGGAGGGGGUUGGCAGAGAGAAGAGGAUGGGGCCAGUAUCUGUUUAAAAAGAAGCCCCCGGACGGGAAGACCCCACCCAACUCAUUCUACAGAGCACUUUAUCCCAAAAUUAUACAGGACAUAGAGACAAUAGAGUCGAACUGGCGUUGUGGAAAGCACAGCUUACAACGAAUCGACUGCAGAAGUGAAACCAGCAAAGGGGUAUACUGCCUGCAGUAUGACGAUCAGAAGAUUGUGAGUGGUCUUCGAGACAACACUAUAAAGAUUUGGGAUAAGAACACGUUGGAAUGUAAACGAGUUCUUACAGGACACACGGGAUCGGUGUUGUGUCUGCAGUACGAUGAGAGAGUGAUUGUCACUGGAUCUUCAGACUCCACUGUCAGGUACUGGGUAUAUGUCAUUGUCACUGGAUCUUCAGACUCCACUGUCAGGUACUGGGUAUAUGUCAUUGUCACUGGAUCUUCAGACUCCACUGUCAGGUACUGGGUAUAUGUCAUUGUCACUGGAUCUUCAGACUCCACUGUCAGGUACUGGGUAUAUGUCAUUGUCACUGGAUCUUCAGACUCCACUGUCAGAGUGUGGGAUGUGAGCACAGGCGAGAUGUUAAAUACAUUAAUUCAUCACUGUGAGGCGGUGUUGCAUCUGCGCUUCAGCAAUGGCAUGAUGGUGACCUGUUCAAAAGACCGCUCAAUUGCAGUGUGGGACAUGGCUUCCCCCACAGACAUUACUCUCCGGAGGGUGCUGGUGGGGCAUCGGGCAGCAGUCAAUGUUGUUGAUUUCGAUGAUAAAUAUAUAGUGUCUGCCUCAGGAGAUAGAACUAUCAAGGUGUGGAACAGCGGUACGUGUGAGUUUGUUCGGACUCUAAACGGACAUAAACGUGGUAUCGCCUGUUUACAGUACAGAGACAGACUUGUAGUGAGUGGAUCCUCUGAUAACACGAUCAGAUUGUGGGACAUUGAGUGUGGAGCUUGUUUAAGAGUACUCGAGGGUCAUGAAGAGCUGGUACGAUGUAUUCGCUUUGAUAACAAGAGGAUAGUCAGUGGGGCUUACGAUGGAAAGAUCAAAGUUUGGGAUCUGGUUGCUGCUUUGGACCCCCGAGCGCCUGCAGGAACACUGUGUCUGCGGACUCUUGUGGAGCAUUCUGGAAGGGUGUUCAGACUGCAGUUUGACGAGUUCCAGAUAGUCAGCAGCUCUCAUGAUGAUACAAUCCUAAUGUGGGAUUUCUUGAAUGACCCAGACACACAGGCAGAGUCCUCACGCUCCCCCUCCCGGACAUACACCUACAUCUCAAGAUAAAUAAUCAACACUACUCCAUACCUCCUACUUGCACAGGACUUCUUGUGCUGUGGUAUUUAGAUAAUAUUGAAGUGCCAGAAACUGUCAACUCAACCUGAUCUAACAAGAGGAAGCGGUUUUCACCCCAGCAGGCAAAUCAGUUUGGGACUAUGGGGAGUGAAGGACUUCUGAAAGUGCUGCUAAUGAGAUAUAUCUGUAUCACAGAACACGAGAAGAGCUUUUGAAAAAGUGUCAGCCCCCCACCUCCCAGAGUGUCAUAUAUGAAUAAUAUUAUGUAUUGUGUAAACCGAAAAUCUGCUGCUUUUCCAUAACUUACCAGCAUGGAUAUUCUCAAAUGUUUUAAAGGGUGAGGUGACACAAGUAUUAUAAUUCCAACUUUUUGUUCAAGUGAUGCACAUUAAGUAUCUUAUGUGUGCUCCAUUUUAACAACCACCCAUGCACCAGUGAUAAUGUGUGAUAAAUUAUGUAAUUUUUGCUUGUGUACUACACUACUAAACCCAUUGUUUUUAUAAUGCAUUAAAAGCUAUAAAUGUGACCCAAAUGCCAUUGAAUAACUUUUAAGUUACCUUAAAGGUAUAAGCUAGUCUUAAAAAAAAAAAAAAAGUGUGU